AACAAGGCCGGAGCUCGAAAGCGGCCGGGGCUGAGCCUGAGCCCAAGGAGCGCUGGGUGCGUGUUGGCCGGUCCUGCCGUGGACGGAGAAGCGUCUUUUAAAGAGCGACUUAAGAAGAGCUGACUACUAAAGAGAAAAUGGCAUCUCUAGAAAAAGUUGAUGAUGCCUCAUCACCCAUCCGAGGACCUGGAGAUGGCAUGGAAACUGAGCAGGCAGCUGGAUCGGUGGAAGUAAUCACUGGAGCCAACACUGUGAACCACCACAGUCCACAUAAAAAGACAAUCUCUUCUCUGAGUCCUGGAGUUCUGCAGCUGGGGAAAGUGCCUGUUGAUAAAUCAGUGGAGAUUGAAGCUAUUCGUAUAUUAGUCCCCAAAGCAGCUAUCACCCAUGUUGUUCCAGCUAAAAAUGCUAAGGUGGCUAAAUCAGAGGGACAUAAAGGAGACACGUUCCAUCAGUCAGAUGGAGCUGCAGAUCCCAAGAAAGAGCAGCAAGAGCUGAAAAAUGCAAUUGAAAAGCUAAAGAAUUCAGAAAAGCGGUUGUUACAGGAUAAAGAAGGGCUCUCUAAUCAGCUGCGUAUACAAACAGAGGUGAAUCGGGAGCUGAAGAAAUUACUUGUUGCUUCUGUUGGGGAUGAUCUGCAGUACCACUUUGAACGAAUGGCUCGUGAGAAAAAUCAGCUAAUCCUAGAAAAUGAAGUCCUGGGCCGGAAUAUGUCUCAGUUGUCUGAACAGUUAGAGCGCAUGUCUAUCCAAUGUGAUGUGUGGAGAAGCAAAUUCCUAGCAAGCAGGGUUAUGGCUGAUGAGCUAACCAAUACCAGAGCAAUUCUUCAGCGUCAAACCAGGGAUGCACAAAGUGCAAUCCAGGACUUGCUGAAUGAACGCGAUCAGUUCCGUCAAGAGAUGAUUGAUACGCAGAAGCUGCUGGAGGAACUGACGGUUUCUCUUCAGUGGGGGAGACAACAGACAUACUAUCCUAGUGCCCAAUCUUACACUACAACAGAGCUAGCGGCUGUGAAUUGUAAGCUAGCCAAAGCUGUAAGCUCACAUCUUCUUGGAAAUGUUGGCACUAACAGUCCAAAGAAGACUCCCACAUCUGUGGAGUUCUGCAGUACCCCUGCUGAGAAAAUGGCUGAAAUGGUGCUACGGGUACUGGAUCCAGCUGCACGUGCAGAAACAUCGACAGAAGUUUCUUUUUCUGAGACUUCUCCAUCCUCCUUCCUUUCCACAAAGAAGAAUAUUGGAAGGUUUCACCCAUACACAAGAUAUGAAGAUGUAACUUUCAAUUGUUGCAAUCACUGUCAAGGAGAGCUGAUAGUCCUUUAAAAACAUAGGCAAUGCAACUGCACAUGCACUCUUCUGAAGAAUUACACUAGGUCACGUUCAGCAGACUGCCCUAUUUCUUUCCAUAAUGGCUGGGUUUAACAUCGGAAAUGAUGCAGUUUCUUACUACUUGAAGCUAGAUACUGACAGUAUUUCCUUAGCCUCUGGGAUACUGCCACUACUUUUCAGUCUGGAAAGCUACUUCUUUUCUUCUACAAAGGCAAGACCAAAAAUGUUACGCUGAUCCGAUUUGUAGAGCAUAGAGAUGCCCUUGACCAUUUAAGGUUUACAGUCUUAUUAGCAAAUCUCAAUGAAUUUCUGUUUAGAGGGAGACAAAAGCCUAACUGUACCAAAGUAAAUGAAGUGCUGAUAGAUUAUGCUAAGGGGAGGGGGGGAAGGUGCAAUGGAAAAUUGUCAGCUCCAUGCAUUCUUUUUUUAAUUUUUUUUUUUUUUUUUUAAUCUUAGCCAGGGUGAUAAACUGUCACCAAGUCUAUGUUCAGCCUUCUUGGAAAUCAAAAGGAAUAUGUGCAAUGAAUCUUUAUAGCUCUAAGUUCUGAAAGUAAGAGCAUAUGCAGUGUUGCAGCCCUGGCAAGGAGGGAAAAAACUUGAAUGAACUCUAGCUGUAAUAUAUAAACAGUAACUGUUUUUAAAUGGAUUCUGGAAACCUGUUUGGGGUGAGGUCAUUGUGUUUCCAUAAGGCUAAAAUAAUGGUUUUCCAUCUAUCUCAGCUUCCAGAGUGAAGCUGUUGCGUAGCUGAUCCUCAGCAAAGACAGACUGAUAUACCUCCUUUAGUACACAGUGUCGAAACCUGACCUAAUAUUAGAACUCAGUUCUUGCCCAAUGUCUUCACGGGCUUUCUGGGGAGUUGAAGAUAAGCACGAAGUUUGCACAAGAACUGGUAAAAAAAAUAUUAUUUUUUUUUUUUUUACAUGUAUGGUUUUAUAAUCUUGAUGUAGGUUUGAAGAGAAGUUUCAGCAGAUGAUCUGCUAAAUCUAAAGAAGCCUUUUUAAGCUGCAGAUGUAAAGAGGAAAGAUGCAAGUACACAUUUUCUUAGUUUCAUUCCCAAAUCUGUCUCAUGUAGCCAUCUAGUUUAGGGAAAGGGUUUACUGAAAUGGUAGCUUUCACCCAGUUUUUCUUUGAAUCUCAUACUGUUAUCAGAAUCUGUAAGUUAAGCUCUUGCUGUUGCUGGCUAUGCUUUGAUUUGCAUGAAGAAAACUACAAUAUACUUUCUUUGCUUUCAAGUCGCAA